AAACCCGUCAACGCUCAAUUUCCAAUCCAUGUGAUGCGAAAGUCCCCUUCUGUUCCUCCGACUUCCGAGACAAAUGUCGAUCAACAAACACCUAAAAUGGAGCCUGAUGCAGAUCCGAUGUCCCUCAUGUGGGUGGAUGAGCCUAAGGGGUUGGAAUUCAUGUCCAUAUUUGCAGCCACCGGAAUAAUCUUUGGGGGAAUUCAUUGCCUUGCAUGGUCGUUUCCCUUUCCGACACGCACGGAGAUGAUUCUAUGGCGGGUUUCAGCGAUAUAUAUCACAGUAGCUCCUGUCUUUCUAUUUUUGAUUUUUCCGAUUGGAUGGGUUGCAGGUGUCAUAUGGGUUAAGGCAUGGGUGGGGGAUUGUGUCGCAUGGCUUGAUGAUCAUGUUCAUGAGUCUAUUCUUAAGGGCAUAGUAUUACUUCCUCCACUUGUUUACGCUGCUGCGCGGGUCACCCUGACUGUUCUCGCCUUCAGUUCUUUGCAUUCACCUCCGCCCAGCCCAUACCAGACCCCAUCUUGGUCAUCAUUCGACCCGCAUUUUGGAUAG